AUGUCAGACCAAUUGGUACCAGAAACCAGGGUCCUCGCUGUAGCAAGCCAUGUCGUCUACGGCCAUGUCGGCAACACAAUGGCCACCUUCGUCAUGCAGUCCCUGGGCUGCGAAGUCGCCGCCUUAAACACCGUCCACUUCAGUAACCACACUGGCUAUCGCCAGUUCAAAGGGACCCGUGCUACUGCGCAGGAAAUAUCGGACCUCUACGAGGGCCUGUGUAAUAGUAACCUGACAGACUUCGACGUUAUGCUAUCCGGCUACGCUCCCAGCGCGGCGGCCGUCGAGGCAGUGGGCACUAUCGGUAUUGACCUGCAGCAGAAGGCAAAAAGCAACCCUGGUUCUUUUUUCUGGGUGCUUGAUCCUGUCAUGGGUGACCAAGGCCGACUAUACGUCAACGACGACGUCGUCCCGGCUUAUAAGAAGAUCAUCCCAUUUGCAGAUUUGAUCCUGCCCAACCAGUUCGAGGCAGAAACCCUUUCCGGCAUCACAAUAACCUCUCUGGCAACCCUAGCGCAGGCAAUCACAGUCAUCCACAAGCUGUACUCAGUCCCACAUGUCAUAAUCACCUCCGUGCAAAUCGCGCAGCUCGAAAACUCAUCCACAGAAAAGGAAACCCUGACCGUCAUCGGCUCCACCACAAAAUCAGACGGCACCCCGCGUCUGUUCCGCAUCGAUGUCCCCGCCCUGGACUGCUUCUUCAGCGGGACGGGCGACAUGUUCGCUGCCCUGACUGUCGCGCGGCUCAGCGAGGCCGUCGCUGACUGUGACCUGCGCACUACCAAGUCUUGGGUUUCACCGGACGAGGUGGCUGCUACGGAUUUACCGCUCGCUAAGGCUACUGUUAAGGUUUUGUCGAGUAUGCAUAGCGUGCUGGAGAAGACGCUUGAGAGCAGGGAGGCCGAGUUGGCGAUUGAAGUUCCCGAUGUUGCAGGGCUUGGUCAGGAGGAGAGGCAGAAGAGGGAGUAUUUGCGGAGGACCAAGGCGGCGGAGGUAAGACUUGUAAGGAACACGAGUGUUCUAAGGAAUCCGAAAAUUCUGUUUGAGGUGCUGGAUUGGAAGAAGGAGGACCUUCCGGUGGAUCUGCAGUAG